CGCCGCCAUUUGUCAGGUCAACCAAGCGUAAACAAAAUUAAAAUUAUUUUAAUCGUUUGUUUUCCAAUUUUAUUGAGGUCCAAAUGUUAGGAAAGAAACAGUAAAAUACCUGAAUGUAUUUGGCCUAAUAGAUUAUAACGAUGUAAAGAGUGAAAUGAGGAUACCUUUAUGACAAAGACUGCAGCAACCUUGACAGUAUUCACUCAUGCAUGAUGUACAUGUAUUGAUGAUCCAGGACGGCCCAAUGCAAGCCCUAGGGACAAAAACAGCCAAGGAUCCUACGUCCUUGAAGUGUGAACAAUGCAAUAAAACUUUCUCAAGAUCCUGGCUUUUGAAAAACCAUCAGAGGGUACAUACAGGUGAGAGACCAUAUAAAUGUGCAUUUUGUGAAAAAGCUUUCGCUGACAAGAGUAAUUUAAGACAGCACCAGAAAAUUCACACCACCACAGAGAAGUUAUUUCAAUGUGGAAUAUGUCAACGCACAUUUGCCCAGAGACGUUACCUUAUGAAACAUGCAACAGAAAUUCAUCGAGAAGUAGCCGUAAGUUUAUGUGGGUCAGGAAAAAAGGAAAAGGAAGAAGUGCCACCUGUGAAGUUGGCAGUGGAGAAAGUUUCCUCUGUUCAGACAGUUCCGGAAAUUCCGGAUAAAUCUGCAGAUCAUCAGUACUUGACAAGACAAAAAUCGCGCACAAAAUCUGUAUCUGAAACCAAGGAGGAGAAAGAAGCCAAAGAGAAGAAAUACAGUGAACAAGACCUGAAAGACUUCAUAAAAAGUAACCAGAAAACCAUGGAAAAGAAUGGAUACAUUUUUAUCAAACAGAACUUUGAAUCAUUAGAUACAGAACCGACUUUAACCGAAAUUAGUGAAGUUCCGGUGACUGCCAUUAAGGAGGAAGUUGCUUUAAAAACUGAACCAGAGACUGGUAAUCAAAUUUUGAAUGUAAAUGGUAAAAUGGUAUAUCUUCAGAUGGAGAACAAGGCAGUUGCACCUCAAGCCUUGCCUAAUAAUACGCCAGCUUUAACUCAAAAUAAGCCGGAACAGAGUACUCAAAGUAGUGUUGCUAGUUUUCUUAAAGGUAGGAAACUUGUUGCCAAAAAAGAUUCCGGUGCUCGUAGACAAGCUAACAUUUUAAAAACUAGUGGAUUAAAGAAAGAUAAUCAGAGUGGUGCACAGUCCAGUGCUGUUAAAUUUGUUAAUGUAGCUAAUGUUAAACAGGCAACACCAAAGCCUUUGCAGUUGUUUCAAAGAGUUUCACAUAAUGUCCCGGCUGAACCUUUGACAUUAGUUCAGGUGGCACCACAUGGAGCUAUUUCUAUGGUACAAAAUCAGGGCCAGUACAUGGUUCCGGUAUCUGUUGUACAAAUGCCCCAACAAACACAGCAGAUAUUACUUUCAUCUAAUUCCACAAAUUUUAAAGCACUUAAUCUUCCAAGCGUUAAUAGUGUGAAUGUGAAUAACGCAAUUGUAAACAGCGUGCCAGAUACAGGUAUUAUUGAACACUCACGUCCCCAGAUCAUUGAAAUUCAAACAGUGCCUGUGUCAGAACUUCAAGCAGUUCCUGUUUCUGAAAUUCAAACGGUACCAGCUUCUGAACUUCAAACAGUCCCUAUUUCUAUAGAUGAAAAAGGGGCAGCAAGCAACAUAUCUGGAUCUCAGGGUGUGAAUCCCACCCCUAUUGUAACUGAUGCCCCAUGGCAAGGUAUAGUGAAUAUUAAUUCAGAACAAGAGUUGUAUGAGUACAUUAAUGCACAGUCCGUGACAUCUGUGGAAAAUGAAAACGGUAUGACUAUUCUUAUACAGAAUGUUGAUUCCCAGAAUGGAACAGUGAUGUCGCUAGAUUCACAAAAUUUAUUGUCUGGUUCUGGGAAUUUUUCAAAUGUGUUCCAUGACCAAUCAAUUGUUGCCGAUGUUUUACCAGAGUCUGUUGAUAUAACUGAAGUUCAAAUUAAUUCUGUUGAACCUUUAAGUCAAAAUUCCAAUCAAAAUGUAGAAGGAGGUACAUCAGAAAUGAAAGACCAGUUCUUAGCUGAAGAAAUUGUGAAUGAAGAAGAAAACAACUUAGUGAUGAUAAAAGAGGCAUCCAAUGACUCAGAUGAUGCUCAAAGUCAAGUGAUGCUUACUGAAGCAAAUAGAGAGCAUCUGAGUGACCAAGAGGAUUUUACAGAUGAUCACAGUGAGAAAGUGCUUGAUGAUCAGGGUGGGAAGAUGCUUGGUAAAAAUGAGAAUGAGUGUGAAGUAGAACCAUUUAGUGACCACAGUAUGUAUACAGCUCAUGUUGAAGUCAAGUGUGAACUUGACGAUAGACCUGAAGAUUUAAUGGAGACAGAUGAUUGUGAGACUAAUCAGAUGAUAAUUGUUGACCAUAGUAAUGAAGACAACCACAUCCAAGCAGACCAUUCUAGCCCACAAAAUGAGGAGACAUAGUCCAGUCUAACAAUAUUCACAUAACAUUUGUUUAUCAGCUAAUCAUAAUGUACAUAAGUGGAUUUGUUAAUGUUAAAACUGUUCACUAGUGCAUGCUCUUUGUUGUUCUGUUUGUUCUAAAUGUUAAUUCUUCUUUAGAAAAAUAUUCAAUUGUUUUAAUUGUAAAUACAAUGUAAUUACAUGCAUAGUUUUGACUAAAAAUGGAUUUAAUAGGACUUCUAUACAUGUAUAUACUAUAUACACUAAAAGAUUUUUCUUUAAACAAAUGACUGAUAAGUAUUGAAUUGUUAACUUAUUCAGAUGUGCUGUAGUGGUAGCUACAUAUAAUGUUGGGUUAUUGUCAUCCUAGGUAUUACUUGUGGGCCCCCCGUGGUAUUUUUGAAGUAUGCCCGAUACUUCCAGACACUCUCGAAAAGUCUUUAUCAUCAAUGUGGAACCUGUCAUAAUAAAAAAAAACACUCACAUUUUUUCCUACUUUUUUGUUGUUUUUUUUUGUUUUGUUUUUUAGCUUUAUCAAAUAUGCAUAUUAGUAUAUUUUUAACACAAAUUAACCAUUUUUCAAAAACAUUAACUAUACUCAACUAUUUUAAGGUGCCUGUCUCUCAACCCAGGGAUCAUGGGUUCGAGCCCUACUCAGGUCACAACCAUAUUUCUUCAUAUAACACCAGUAUGGUUGGUUCUAGGAAGCAGACUCGAAAGUGAUUAAUAUAAGUUGCAAGGACUUAAUUUGCUAUCGCUUUAAUAAAUAGGUUUAAUCUAUUUUUUGCAAAAUGCAUAUAUUUUUGUGAUGUCAAAAAACGGAAAGUAGAUAAACCAAAUCAACAACAAAUUAAGUCAAGCAGGCUGACUUGUAUUAAUAUUUGUAUGGCCUUAGUGCUUACAACCAAGCAACGUGGUAAGGAUGGGGAGGUAGAUGGAGAGGAAUGCUGUCCUGAUAGAUAAUGCCAUGCCAGUUUGUUGUCUUUUUUUUUUUAAUUUAAGCAAAUUUUAUUUUACGAAAUCAAUUUUUUGCAAGUUAAUUAUCAGGGGCAGUUCAGAAUUUUUAAGUACCGAAAAAAAAGUUUAUACAUGGGUGGAUACAGUCUAGUAGUAUACUAAAAGAUACACAGGGGGGUGGGAGCCUGCAAGUAAAACUUGGGGAUGACAAUUACAUGGUUACUUGUAGAGAAUUAUGUAUAAAUUAUAUCUUAAUACAAAGAAAUAUCUGAAAUAGUUAACUAUUAACAUUUUAUUGUACAUGUAUAUAGAACAAAUUACCAUAGACUUGAUUUGUUAUCGGAUGUUUAAAUAGAUUUGAAUUGUUAUAUCGAAUUUAGAAAUACUUAUACCAUAGAAGAGAACAUUUGAAUGUAUAAUGUUUAGAUAUUUUAAAUGUUUCUUUUGUUGUAGUUUAAGAAAUAAUUACUUUAAAGCCGUUUUGAGCUCAUAUUUCUAAGUGAUGUUAAGGCAGCAUAGUUAGUGUGUUGUCUAAAGUAAACAGUUAAUCUGCUAGAAAUCAAAAGUGAUCAAACGUGAUCAGUCUUUGCCACCAGAUAGAGACAGACCAGUCUGCGUGUUCAUGCAUUCUAACCAUUGCUUGAUGCUUUUGGCUGAUAAACUUAAAAGUUUCCAAUUGAUAUCCCUAAACUUGAUAAUGAACAGUUUUAAAAAGCUAGACAAACAAAGAUGGACAAGUCCAUUUAAGAAGAUCAGGAGGUUAGAGGUUGAGUUUAAAACUUUAUGUCUAAUUACCCCUAACAUAAACUAUUUUAGAAUAGCCCUUUCCAUUAUUGAAUUGAAAUCAGAGUAGUUUAUUAUUUGUGAUCCUUGGACAAGAAUUUUUAAUUGGAUUUAUUAUAGAGAAUUUUGUGAUCCUUUGACAUAAAUAUUUAAUUAGAUAAUCAUUUAUUAUCGAAAAUUUUAGGAUCCUUUGAAAUGAAUAUUUAAUUGGAUUAAUUGUAGAGAAUUUUGCGAUCCUUUUAGGAAAUAUUUUUAUUAAUUUUACUAAAAAUUUCUCAAAAGUAUAUAGGUUGAUCUUGUCAAAUUAAAAAUACUUUUACUCCCUAAUUUUAACUGCAUUGUUAUAAAAUUAAGCAUUAUUUAGCCAAUAAUAACAUGUUUGUUAUCAUAAUAAUAUAUUUAAAACUGAACACAUUUUCUUUCUUAAAAAGAGAUACAUAAAUAAUAUGUAAAGAAGGAAAGAAAAAAGUUGAAUCUGAUGAGGCACAUUCAAUGCAAUUGACAAAAAUUCUAGCCUAUUUAGAUACUCUUCAAAGUGAAGGUUAUAGCAUUAGGAGAGUACAGACAAAAUUGGAUUUAGAUUUAUAAUAGAGAAUAUAUCUGUAAAACAUUUUGUACAUUCAUGAUUUUUUGUGUGUUUAGUUUGUUCAAUGAAUUUUACCGUUUUUAAAGCAUUACAAAAACCGUUGAUAUUUUUUCAAAUAUCUAAUAUAUUUUGACUGCCAGUAAUGUAAAGAGGUUUUUAUGAGAAUUUAUUUAUCAAAAGUUACUUGCUUGAAUUGUUUCAAGACAAAAUAUGAAAUUUGAUUCACGACAUAUGAAAUUUUGUUUUCAUGCAUUUUCAUUGAUGAUUAUAAUGUAUGAAACUGUUUACUAAUGUGAAAUAUUUAGUAAUGGUUUUAUUAUUUUUGACUGAAUUGUUGUAAUUACUCAUCUGUAUAAGACAGACCACUCAUAAGUCAAGGUCUAACUUUUAACUCUAAUUCAGCAGUGAUUUGCUUAGACUCAUGUAACAAAAGAUAGAACUUUUCAGAGUAUGUGCUGCUAAUUAAUGGGUACUUAUGUGAUAAUGGGAGCAAUAGAUUACAAAGAAUUCCUUACUGAACUUAAAAAAGAACACAGAUAAAAUUUAGAUAAACACUAGAGUGUCAAUUAGGUUGUGCCAGAUAGUAUAAGACCUGUGUCAUAAAGUCUGUUGUACAUAAGAUACUUGUAUGUUAAUGUGGUAACAAUAUAUAUUUAUACUGAUAAUCUUAUUCUCAUUGCCAAGGAGAUGAGUUAUUUAUAAAAGCAAAGAUAAUUUUAAAUCUAGAACAAUAUGGACAGUAAGGACAUGCAGUUAUUCUGUCAUUAAGUUUUGUUGUAAUAUCAGGAAACAAUAACAGCACUUUCAAGUGCUGGCAUUUAUAAUGUAUGUAAUCAGUUAUACGGUAGACCAGUCUCCUUAUUUGUGCAGUCUUGUCAGACUGACAACUGUCUUGAUACAUUAGUGUGAUGUUGCUCCUCCGAAGUCUUUUAGCCAAUUACCAAAUUAUGUCUGAUGAAAGUUUUCUGGUAGUAAAUUUGUUAAACUAUAAGAAAUAGUACACUGUACUGAUGGCCUCAUAGCAUUAUAAUCACUAAUCAGUUAGAACAUGAAUAUUUAAUGGACUGAAACCCAAGUCUGAGGUUCGUUCAAUGUAUUGGGUUGACUGGGAAAUCACUUUAACAUUAUGAGUUAUAAAGAACUGUGCUCUAUUUCUUAUAUUAUACCUCAUGUUACUAAAACAUAUCAGUAAAAGUUUGUAUUUUAUUUGAAAAAAGGCUGGCUGUCACUUACAUAUAUAAAGAUGGAUUUACUGACAGUAUUGUGUAAUGACAGCUGGUUUACUGACAGUAUUGUGUAAUGACAGCUGGUUUACUGACAGUAUUGUGAAAUGACAGCUGAUUUACUGACAGUAUUUUGUAAUGACAGCUGAUUUACUGACAAUAUUGUUUUAAGACAGCUGAUUUACUGACAGUAUUGUGUAAUGACAGCUGGUUUACUGACAGUAUUGUGAAAUGACAGCUGAUUUACUGACAGUAUUUUGUAAUGACAGCUGAUUUACUGACAGUAUUGUGUAAAUACAGCUGAAUUACUGACAGUAUUGUGUAAUGACAGCUGAUUUACUGACAAUAUUGUUUUAAGACAGCUGAUUUACUGACAAUAUUGUUUUAAGACAGCUGAUUUACUGACAGUAUUGUGUAAUGACAGCUGAUUUACUGACAGUAUUGUGUAAUGACAGCUGAUUUACUGACAGUAUUGUGUAAUGACAGCUGAUUUACUGACAGUAUUGUGUAAUGACAGCUGAUUUACUGACAUAUUAUUUUAAGACAACUGAUUUACUGACAGUAUUGUGUAAUGACAGCUGAUUUACUGACAGUAUUGUGUAAUGACAGCUGAUUUACUGACAGUAUUGUGUAUUGACAGCUGAUUUACUGACAAUAUUGUGUAAUGACAGCUGAUUUACUGACAAUAUUGUGUAAUGACAGCUGAUUUACUGACAGUAUUGUGUAAUGACAGCUGAUUUACUGACAGUAUUGUGUAAUGACAGCUGAUUUACUGACAGUAUUGUAUAUUGACAGCUGAUUUACUGACAGUAUUGUGUAAUGACAGCUGAUUUACUGACAAUAUUGUAUAUUGACAGCUGAUUUACUGACAAUAUUGUAUAUUGACAGCUGAUUUACUGACAAUAUUGUGUAAUGACAGCUGAUUCACUGACAGUAUUGUGUAAUGACAGCUGAUCUUCUGACAGUAUUUUGUAGCUGACAGUUUUUUGUAGGUGACAACAUUGAUUCUGGUCAAACUGCACAAAUAUGAAAGCUGGUCUAGCGUGUUGCAGAUGUAAGUUUUCUAUGAUAACAAGCAUUUGAAAGUCUUGCAUACCUUUUUUGCAUACCUGAAAUACGGAAUAACUAGUAGUUUUCAUUGGGAAUAAUUAGAUGCACGGAUUUAAUAGUUUAUAUAGUUCAUUGUAUUUAUUUUUAAAUGUUGUAAAUUUGAAAGUUAUGUACUAACAAUGGUACCAAAUAGAUAUUAUGAAUUCA